AGAAGCAGAGCAGAGAGAGCAGAGACGGCCAAGCCUAGGCGAGGGGGGGGUGGCGAUGGGCUCCUCCGGUCUGCGUCGCCAGUGGGUGCCGGGCCUUUCUGCGCCUCCCGUCUUGUGCCCCUUCCCCGCUCCCAUUUUUGUCGUUUCUUCCGCUGCUGCUUCAAUCCCAGCUGCGGUCCCUCUUGGUGUCUCCGCCCCCAUCACCUGGACUUUAGCCAAGUAUCUUCCUCCGCUCUUCUUCUUUGGUCACGCAGCAUGCACCACCCGUGGGUCUUUGAUUCUCUUUCGUCUUUGGACUGCCUCCAGCCAGCUUGCCACUCUGCACUGAGGUUGUCCUACUGGUCAUUGUCGAUCGUCUGUGCCUGGACACAUUCAGGCCGUUUCUCUGGACUCACUAGUGCGGCAUUCCUCUUGACUGUUGCUUCGCGGGCUCUUGCAUCUGGCCUCCCUUCUGGCCGCUAAUCAGUUCUUGCAUGAGUGCGUUUUGGGCUGUGGUGUUCGGGCAACGGACUUUGCGAGAGGAGGUGGAAACCAUGGCGAAGGAUAAAUUGUAUUCGAUGGAGAGUGGCGAGAACAAUUUUGCGGAUGGAGGCGGGAGUAUUGAUCUGAAGAAACCGCUGUUGAGUGAAGGAUCAAGCAAACCAAAGCAUUCCCAUGACCGAAGACAUUUUUUGAGAUCAAGGAAGGACGUAGUCUUGCCGAACCCUGCACAUGCUAUUUGUUCUACUCUCAUAGUGGCACUUGGUCCCCUGUCUCUGGGAUUUGCGCUCGGUUUUACUUCCCCAACUCAAGCUGCAAUCAUCAGGGAUCUGAAUUUGACAAUUGCCCAGUUCUCGACGUUCGGGUCCAUUCUAAGUGUGGGGUGUAUGCUUGGUGCAAUUGUGAGCGGUCGAUUGGCGGAUUACUUCGGGCGGAAACCAGCAUUGUCAGUGGCUGUCAUUCCCGUGCUAGCAGGGUGGAGUCUCAUUGUGUUGUGCAAGGCUGCAACUCCUUUGAUCAUUGCAAGGACCCUUGUUGGCUUUGGAGGAGGCAUUAUCUCUUUUACUGUACCGAUGUAUAUAGGAGAGAUUUCACCAAAACAUUUGAGGGGAACUCUAGGAACUAUGAACCAGCUUGCUAUUACAAUCGGCGUCACCCUUUCCUACAUCGUUGGCAUGUACUUCCACUGGCGUACCCUUGCAUUACUGGGUGGCAUACCUGGGGUUUUACUUGUUGUUGGACUCCUAUUUAUCCCAGAAAGUCCUCGCUGGCUCGCUAAAGCGGACAGAAAAGAGGAGCUCCAAGUUUGUCUGCAAUGGCUCCGAGGAAAAGAAUUCAACGUUUCUGAUGAAAUUCAAGACAUUCAGGCGGCCACGGAAGCCUCAAAUGCUUUGCCCAGCGUUAAGUGGAGCGAUCUGAAGCAGCGGAAACUCAUUCAGACACUUAUUGUUGGAGUAGGUUUAAUGGUGCUUCAACAAUUUUCUGGCAUCAAUGCGGUCAUGUUGUACUCCAGCUUCAUCUUUACCACAGCUGGUGUCCAGAAUCCAGGUGUAGCUACUGUUGCUCUGGGUAUUCUACAGGUUGUCAUGACACUUGCUGCAGCUGGACUGAUAGACAAAGCAGGACGGCGCCUUUUGCUCAUGGUUUCUGCAGGAGGCAUGGCUCUCAGCAGCUUUCUCGUGGGUUUCUCCUUCUAUUUACGGGCUUUGCAACCGGAGAUGUCAUUGGAAUUGGCCACCUUUAUUGGUUAUCUGGCUCUUGUUAGCCUUCUGGUUUAUAUUGCAGCAUUUUCCUUGGGAGUCGGUGCUAUUCCGUGGAUUAUCAUGUCUGAGAUUUUCCCUGCACACGUGAAGGGAACAGCUGGAAGCGUGGCAACUCUGGUCAACUGGUUUUGCUCGUCUGCCGUCACCCUGAUUUUCAACUCCAUGCUUCUGUGGAGCUCAACAGGAUCGUUCUGGAUAUUUGCUGCCGAGUGUGUGGGCACAAUGGUGUUCGUUGCUCUGUAUGUACCAGAAACUCGUGGUCGGACGCUAGAACAGAUUGAAGCCUCCUUCAAAUGAGAUCAAUUUACUCCAAGUGCGAUUAUUUCAAUACUAUGAUGGAAAGUCCCAGCGCCACCAACAGAAGCGAGGCAAACGGAGCUUUUAAGGUGAAACCGAUUCAGUCGUUUCGUAAUAAACCCAAGUUGGAAGUGCAUGUGAGGUCUAGUGCGUACGAGUGUCCCUGCAAGCGACGCUUCUGAGGGUGGAAGGAUGCUUCUGCUGCACAUGGUCCAGCAUAGAGACAUUUAUUAGAAACAAUGGAUCCCCGUGCUUCUUUGUAUCUAAUGUGGCAAUUGCGGGAGGUAUACAAGGAAACGGAACCAGUAGCAACUGCAGUUGUAAUCGGGUGAGAAGGGGGGAUCAACCUCCACUAGGCAGUGGUAUAUAAGAUAACAGUAAUCGAUCUCUGAAUAUUUCGUGGAAGCAUGGGAUAUUUGCACAUAGGAUCCCACGAUAUAGAAAAGUAGACAAUGGUUACUGCUGAGGGAGAUAGUUAUCUAGAACCUCUGGUUGGAACGCAACGACACCGAUUUUAAUGGGAGAGAUUGGCAAAAGGAAAAGAUCUUCAAUAAGAUGUGGUUGAUUCUGAAAGGAUUGCAUGGGCCUUGAUUCAAGCCAAGAUCAAGAAGGAACCUGAUAAGACUGAGACUCUACUGGAGAAAUUCCAGCUACAAUGGUGUGUAAAUGAGGUCAUUGCAACAUGGGAUGCGGACGCACCCAAAUAGAUGCUGCUUAGUCCUAGACUAAUGGGUCAAGUCACAUAAUAGGACGUAAGUCAGUCCAGUACUGGUCGGACCUGGCUUGUACAUUUGUAACCUAUGUUUAUCUUUUCCUGUAGAAAGGAUCUUCUUUAUUUGUGUCAAAAAAAACAAAAACAAAAAUAAAAACCUCAGAGGCAGAAAGUUAAACUACAUUAAAAGUCCUAAUUAAUGAAGCUCACUUAACCCCCCAUCUCGUUCCGUCGGCUUGUCGUCCACGUCAGCUGUUCCAGCUCACGCGGCACUGCCCCAAGCCCACCGAGUCAAGGUGGGUUGGUAGGCCACGUGGAUGGGAGCAGGGAAGGCGUAGGGGUGGGAUGCCAUGUGGCAGGCAGGGUCUAUAUCCAGACGGAGGAGGACUGGAGUGAGUGAGUGAGAGAGUGCCCAUGGAAGAUGAUAUUUGUUCGGGGUUGCGCUCCUACACGGUUAUGAUUUGGGGGUUGUGUUGUUCAUGGCUUCAGCGGUGGCUGUGCUGAAAAGUCGAUCGUAGGGCUAAGUUCAUUGUGCACGAUUUGGUUUGGCGGUCUCUACAGCAAUUUUUUGCAGAGUUUGUGGUGAGUUUUUGGAGUUUUUGUGCGGAUAUUGUGAAGGAUUUAGGAAUUUAGCCAUGGCGAUAACCGAGGUGGCUUCUCAAGUUACGACCAAGAGGCUGUUCAACAUCGUGUCUGGAGGACAACAGCUGAUGCGGUCCGUGUACUACUCGCGGCAGACGUCGACGAAAUUCUUGUGGCAGAAGCAGAAGGAGGUGCUCUCCAGGAUUGGAAGUGUUUCCUGGAGAUGGUCGUCCAGCAGCAGAGGUGUUGCAGAGGAGAGCACCUCGACGGGUGAUUUGAAUGGGGACUCUGCGCCUCCUGCUGUGCAUGCUGACUCUAACAGCUAUGGAGUGAAGGGUGACAACCAGGCAGCCGACAGUUCUCUCGAAGAGUUUGACAACAAGGGAGAUGGUCAGGAAGGCCUGCAAGAUGUUGGAUAUGACAUGUCCAAGGUCAGCAAGCCUGCCGGGGACGAGUGAGGCUUCUGUCGCAUUCGAAACCCAAACUUGGUUUCGCGCAACAGUCUCUCCAGUACGUUAUCUGCAAACGAUUAUUCAGACAAUCAACGAAGUGUACAUAAAGAUCUGAAUUCAGACUCGGGGAUGAAAAGCUGGUGUAUAGUGUUUUAAGACCUUGCGACAAAUUCACAGGCACGGUUUACGUCUACUUUCGAAGUAACAGUUAUAGAUUAUUAGUAAACAAAAGGAUGUUGGCGACAUGUUUUCAACGAUUUUUUGAUUAGUUGGCAUGUUAUUUCUCUCAUGUUGCGGCUGACUCACAGCUGAAGUAGCUCGGCUUUUUUCCUCAUGGGGGGAUUUUUUCUUCAGGCAGUUGUGUUCGCUAUUGAAGCAGUAGCCGCAUGUGUGUAGAAGAGGGUUUCAAGGAAUGUCUUGAGGAAUUCAAGGGAGGAGCACGUUAUUAUCUUCAUGAGAUUGCAUUGUAACAGUGAGUAUGGCAGAAUAUGCGUUGUUUUAAUUGUCCGAUGUCAAUUUGUACACAAAAUAAGAUCAAUAUGAAAUUGUAUUUUCCAAA